UGUAACAUCUGUGUUUAUUCCAGCUCUAAGCAGAAAGAAAUGUGAAAAGUGCAGUUGCAGAUUGUGAACAAUUAUCGUGUUUAAUUAAUAAUAACAAAGCAUGUACCAGCCGCCAUUGCCGCCAACGUCAGUCCCGCCUCCACCUCCGCCGCCGCCACCACCGCCAGAAACCGAAGAUAACCUAUGUCCGCCCGGCAUAACAACUACUCCACAAACACACAGACAUGACCCUGCGGUACAGCCACCUAACUCAUCGCAUUACAUGUAUCCGGACGCACCCAGCCCCAGCUCCGUCAGCAACUACAACGCCUAUGACCAACAGGUAGCAUACGGCUACGAUGGGUAUCAAUAUCCGACGGCGCCUCCAGACAAGUACUACGGUCAGGAUAGCUCUUACCAGUACCCGGGAUCAGUACCGGGAUCGUAUCCGUACGAAAGCUACAAGUACCCGGAGCGUUAUCCCGACUACUCGGCCAACUACCGGCCACCCAGCGAGAGAGACAGGUACAGUUCCUACAACUCCAAUCAGGGUUAUCACCACUAUUCAGGCUAUAACUACGGAAGACGAUAUGAGCCCCGAUAUGGUAAUGGGCCCCGGUCUAGUUCCGAGCACCGUCAAGGACACGGUCAAGGCCACUAUGCGCAUCGAGCGCAGAAGGGAUCCCAGCAUGGCUACUACGGAUCGACGGCCAGGACUACACCCAGUGAAGAUUACUCAUCUCGCAGCUAUCGCGAGAGGGACAGGGAGAGAAGAGAGCCAAUUGUGGAGAAGCCCCGACCGAAGCCAAAGGUGGAGACCGAGAGGGACAGGCUUCUUCGCAAGUGGUGCGCCAACUAUUGCGAGAAAUCAGAGGACUAUGUGAAGAAAAUGAACACCCUUCGCGAAACUGAGCCCCCAGCCGAGUCCUGGGUUCGAUCCUCACCAGCCGAGCCGUAUUACGAGCGCUCUACGGGCGAACAUGAGGUGAAGGGUCGCGUCCGCCUCGAAAAACUGUGCGACCUCUUCGACGAGGAGUUGCUGCAGCGGGCAGACCGGGUUCGCCAGAAACUGCCCGUCUACGUGCCGCCACCGAGGAAAGCACGCCGGCGCGUCUGCAAGCACAAACACAAGUCGGAGGCCUGCUCCUCGUCCUCCUCCUCCGAUGAGGACUCCGAUGAAGAUGCCUUUAAGAUCGAGCAGGACUGCUGCAUGGAGGAGCUGUCGCGCAAGGUGCAGCAUCCACAGCGGGUGCACGCUGAUCUAUGGCACAACGACGCAGGCGAAAUGAACGACGGGCCACUGUGCCGCUGCUCGGCCAAAUCCCGGCGCAUCGGAAUUCGACAUGGCAUUUAUCCGGGCGAGACGGGUUACAAGGUAUGCGACCGGAACAGCAACAAUGCCGGUAAGCUCUUCCACUACCGGAUCAGCAUCUCGCCGCCAACGAACUUUCUGACCAAGACACCGACCAUCAUCAAGCACGAUGAGCACGAGUUCCUCUUCGAGGGUUUCUCUCUGCUUUCGCACGUGCGGCUUACCGAUCUGCCCGUGUGCAAGGUGAUCCGGUUCAACAUCGAGUACACCAUUGAGUAUGAAGAGGAGAAAAUGCCGGAGAACUUCACCAUCCACGAACUGGAUUUGUUCUUCAAAUAUCUCUUCCAUGAACUUCUCGAGCUUGUUGACUUCAAUCUUAUGCCGAAUGCCGCCUUCGAAGGCAGUACCGAAUCCUGUCCGGCCUUUCACUUCUUACCGCGCUUUGUGCGCGAGCUUCCCGACAAUGGAAAGGAGGUGCUGGCCAUGUGCGAAGUGCUCCGCUAUCUCCUGGACAACUCCGCCCAGCUGGUGGAACGCCAGCAGCUGCUGCACCUGAACCAGAUCAGUCAGAGUGAGUGGCAAAGCUAUGUAGACUUUAUUAAGGGCAUGCUGGUCACCAAGCCGGGCCACAAGCCCUGCUCGCUCCGUGUGGAUCAGCUUGAUAGGAACAACUCCGAUUUGCCCGAGUGUGUGGACCGAGAGACUGGUAUCUCGCAUCCGGCAAUUGUGCACUUUGGCAUCCGUCCGCCACAACUGAGCUAUGCGGGCAAUCCAGAGUACCAGAAGGCGUGGCGGGAGUACGUCAAGUUUCGUCACCUGAUGGCCAACAUGUCGAAGCCCUCGUUCAAGGACAAGCGCAAGCUAGAGGAGAAGGAGCAGCGCCUGCAGGAGAUGCGCACGCAGGGGCGAAUGAAGCGGAAUAUUACGGUGGCCAUCAGCUCGGAAGGAUUCUACCGCACUGGAAUUAUGUGUGACGUGGUGCAGCAUGCGAUGCUGGUGCCGGUUCUCACAGGCCACCUACGGUUCCACAAGUCGCUAGACCUGCUGGAGGAGAGCAUCGGAUAUAGAUUCAAAAAUCGUUACCUACUGCAGCUGGCACUCACGCAUCCGUCGUACAAGGAGAACUACGGCACAAAUCCGGACCAUGCCCGCAACUCGCUAACCAAUUGCGGCAUCCGCCAGCCGGAGUAUGGGGACCGCAAGAUUCACUACAUGAACACCCGCAAGCGAGGCAUCAAUACAUUGGUGAGCAUAAUGUCUCGCUUUGGCAAGGAUCACGAAACUGUGUCCAAUAUCACGCACAACGAGCGGCUCGAGUUUCUGGGCGAUGCCGUAGUGGAAUUUCUUAGCUCGAUCCACUUGUUCUUCAUGUUCCCGGAGUUGGAGGAGGGCGGCCUUGCCACAUAUCGAGCGGCCAUAGUCCAGAACCAGCAUUUGGCACUGCUGGCCAAGAAACUGCAGCUGGAGGAGUUCAUGCUAUACGCCCAUGGAUCGGAUCUGUGCCACGAACUGGAGCUGCGUCAUGCCAUGGCCAACUGCUUUGAAGCGCUGAUGGGAGCUCUACUACUAGACGGAGGCAUUAAGGUGGCGGACGAGGUCUUUACGGAUGCCCUGUUUCGACAGGACGACAAGCUGUUGGGCAUCUGGAAGAAUCUGCCGGAGCACCCGCUGCAGGAGCAGGAACCGCUGGGCGAUCGGGGCUGCAUUGGCAACUAUCGUGUGCUCCAGGAGCUGACCAAGUUCGAGGACUCCAUUGGCAUCAAGUUCAAGCACAUCCGGCUCUUGGCGCGUGCCUUCACCGAUCGUUCCAUUGGAUUCACCCAUCUGACACUGGGAUCAAAUCAACGUUUGGAAUUCCUAGGCGAUACAGUGCUGCAGUUGAUCUGCUCGGAAUACCUAUACCGUCACUUUCCCGAGCAUCACGAGGGUCAUUUGUCCCUGCUGCGCUCCUCGCUGGUUAAUAACCGCACCCAGGCGGUGGUCUGCGACGAUCUCGGAAUGCCCAAGUAUGCUGUUUAUGCCAAUCCUAAGGCCGACCUCAAAACAAAGGAUCGUGCCGAUUUGCUGGAAGCAUUUCUGGGCGCCCUGUACGUGGACAAAGGUCUACUUUACUGCGAGCAGUUCUGUCACGUGUGCCUAUUCCCGCGCCUGCAGUUGUUCAUCAUGAACCAGGACUGGAACGAUCCCAAGUCCAAGCUGCAGCAAUGCUGCCUCACCCUGCGGACUAUGGAUGGCGGCGAGCCGGAUAUACCCUACUACAAGGUGGUCGAGGCCAGCGGACCGACCAAUACACGCGUCUACAAGGUGGCUGUGUACUUCCGCUCCAAGCGACUGGCCACUGCCAGCGGUUCGUCCAUCCAACAGGCGGAGAUGAAUGCCGCCAAGCAGGCGCUGGAGAACUCCAGAGACCUAUUCCCACAACUGGAUCAUCAGAAGCGUGUCAUAGCCAAGAGCAUCAAGAAGCAAACGGGCAACGAGCUCGAAAACGAUGGCGAACGGCAGCAGCAGGAGGAGAAGGCAAGGCGACCCAAGUUUGCGGCACCGCUGCAGGAUGAAAGCCAUCUGCCCAAGCAGUAUCGCAUGCACGAAAACAUCUCCAGCGAUGAGUUGCCUGAAGAUGGUGAUGACGAGCUGGAAGGCACUGCUUCAAAGAGUCCAACAAUGCCUAAACCACGUAAAGGCAGCAGCAGCAGCAGUGAUAGUGACGACUCUAGCUCGUCUUCCAAACGACCACGUCGCGUGCGCAAGAGCUCAUCGUCCUCUUUGUCCUCCUAAGAUUUGCGCUUCAUCAAUUCACCUACACUUCAACAUCGAAAAGAAAAACUCAAGUAUCGCAGAUAUUUCAUUAUGAUAAACAAUAAACAAAACAUGGCCAUGGACAACAAGGAGCAGCUGACACUCGACAUGGUCUGCCCUCGACGAAGGAGCGUGCACUGUUGGAAGAAGCUCAUUACCAGGACCAUUUCCACUCCGCAGCUAAGCGGCCAGCCCCAGAAGCGUCAGUUUGCCUCCGGUGGUGCCUCUAUCAAGGGCAAGCUGGUGACACCAACAGCAACACCCUCAAGUUGAACACACGCA